AUGGAGUGUCUCAAGAACAGCUUCGUGGAGGGUCAGCUCCUGGAUGGGCGCUUUCGCACUGUCGCUCCUCUCAACCAUGGAUCGUUUGGCAUGGUCUUCCUCGCGACCGACAACACAACCGGGGAAGACGUUGCCAUCAAAUGCCUGACCAAAGGUGGUGCAUCGCCGUACGACGCUCGGUUCGAAGAGCUCGACUGCCACAAACGCCUUGCUUACCACCCCAACAUUGUCAACCUCAUCCAUUCCUUCGAAACCGACUCUCACAUGUACCUGGUUUUGGAGUACUGCGCGAAUGGCGAUCUAUAUGAGGCGAUCAGGCUCAACCGCGGUCCCCUGGAGACCGAGCACGUGCGUGACUUCAUGUUGCAGCUUGUUAGCGCUGUCGAGUUCAUGCACGCCAAUGGCAUGUAUCACCGUGACAUCAAGCCCGAGAACAUCUUCUUGACGCAGGAUGGAUCUAUGAAGCUGGGUGACCUAGGCCUGGCAUCCCGGGAUGAUGUGUGCCAUGAGGCGUGUGUAGGAAGUGACCGGUACAUGGCUCCGGAGCAGUACGACCCCCCGGCUGCUGGCUAUUCUCCCGCAAAGGCCGAUAUCUGGGCGAUUGGAAUCUGUUUGCUCAAUGUUCUCUUUGCCCGGAACCCUUUCGCCACCCCGACCGAAUCGGACAUCCUCUUCGCCGACUAUGUGCGUGACCGCCAGUCCCUCUUCGACAUCUUCCCCAACAUGUCUCAGGACACCUUUGAAAUUCUGAGGUUCGCCAUGGCCAUCGAUCCCGAAAAGCGUUCCCUGUCUGGCAUCCGUGAGUCUAUCAUGCGGACCGUCUCCUUCACCACCGACGACGAAGCAUUGGAUGAGUUCUGCACCGAUGACCGCGAGGUCGUCGCUGCAAGUGCCAACCGGGAGCCGCUUCGGACCCCAUCCAUCCAGAGCCCGCACAUCAACCAGGGCGACUCGUUCCCCUGGGCCAAAGCACUGCAAGCCAGCCCCCCUCAGCAGAUUCGGCAGCUCUCGGCUAUUCCCGACAACGAGAGCUACUCGGAGGAUCUCUUCCCUCCGUCCGAGACAGCUGGUACUUCGUGGUUCACCGUCCAUCAGGGCACCCCGUCCAUGGCAUCCGUUCUCGAGUCUGCUCUUGGCGAAUCGUUCCGGCCAUCUGCUUUCCGCAAGCAUGAGCUUCGUUUCCCUCCCCCUUCGGAUCCCGUGCCCAUCACCGGGUCCUUGCCAAGUCACCCGACCAAGCCACUGCCUUCCCUUUCCAUGGUGUUCGGCAAGAAGAAGGAGGAGCAGAUUUCCAAGAGCUGGAGCGACCUUUGGGAUGAGGAGGAAGAAUCCGAACCCGAGGACCUGGCUUUCCACCAGCGGCGCCAGCAGAACUCUCGCAGCUGGAGUCACGAAAGCAACAGCCCCGUCGAUGUUCCUGAGCUCUGCGGUCCACUGACGGGUCUCCGGAACGCCGGCAAUGGCUCAAUGCUCAACGCCAAGCUUCAGCCACGAAAGUCUUUAGGUGCGUCUGAUGAAAUGUCAGGGAAGCCCUGGGAUGUUCGCCCGGGCACCACUGCCCUCAGAACGCCCCCUCGCACUCCCGAGUCUCCUCCAAAGAAUUCCAGCAUGGACAAGUGGGCUGCCUUGGGUGACAAAAGGAGGAACUACAAGUCCCCAGAUGCUUCCCUCGGACGCAAAAAGUUCCCUCUCAACAUGAGCUGGAGGAAAGACUGGGGCCUGGGUUCCUCAGGCUUCGACUAUGGCUCUUGGGCCGCUAAGAAAGAACCCGCCUCAUUCCAGGACCGCCGUCGCCGCCCCUUCCAGGAGAAGGGACGGCGUCGUGACGCCUGGGAGUCUCCAAAGGCUGCCCAUGCUAAGGUACCCCACGGUUACGAUGGCAGCAUCGACGAGGAUCUCGAUCUCGUCGGUGGCUGGCAUGAUCUCCACCUCUAA